CUAUUGAACUCACAUCUGCUCUACAGCUGAUACCUCAUUACAGCUGAUACUAAUCAAUGGCAACCGUAUUUAAUCGUGGUAAGUUUAACGUUAAGACGGUGACAAAGGAUUCCGACAAGAAGGCCUCCUCUCCUCCCAAAUCGCUUUUAGUCGUCACUCCUAGCGAAGCGGGAACGUAUCCAAUCGCCCUCUUUCUCCAUGGCUUCUUUCUCAACGUCUCAUCUUACCUUCAAAUUCUUCGUCAUAUUGCCUCUCAUGGCUUUAUCCUUGUAGCUCCACAGUUGUUUACCAUUUUACCAUCGUCGCCGGAGGAAGACAUCGCGGCCGCGGCCGCUGUCUGCGACUGGCUACCAGAGGGCCUGCAGUCCUUGCUCCCGGAGGGCGUCACCGCGGACCUUGCCCAUCUUGGGCUCUCCGGACAUAGCCGCGGCGGCCACGCGGCCUUCGCUCUGGCCCUCGGCCACGCCAAGACCAGUCUCAAGUUCUCCGCUCUCAUCGGCGUCGACCCUGUCGCCGGAUCCGGGAGGUCGAACCAGAUCUCGCCCGAGAUCCUGACCUAUGUGCCUUCCUCCUUCGGCCUCGACUUCCCUGUCCUCGUCAUCGGCACCGGGCUCGGGAGAAAGAAGAUGAACCUGUUGUUCCCGCCGUGCGCUCCGGAGGGCGUCAACCACGACGAGUUCUACCGGGAGAGCCGGCCGACGUGCUACCACUUGGUGGCAAAAGACUACGGCCACCUCGACAUGCUGGACGACGGCGCGGCGCCGGUGCAGAAGAUGGCGUGCAGGUGCGGCGACGAGGGAGGCAGGGACGCAAUGAGGAGGACGACGGCAGGAGUUAUGACAGCGUUCCUCAAGGCUUUUUUGCAGGGCGAGGGAGCAGACCUCGACGCCGUCGUCAGGAAUCCUGGACUCGCCCCGACGACCCUCGAUCCGGUUGAGUCCCUCAGGAAACCGGCUCUCGCUGGCGUUAUCAGAUCCAAACUUUAGUAGCUGUCCUACCAAGUCGCUGUAGAAGUGCAGUCGUAUGUAUUACAGAAGAAAUAAAAUGGUUAUAUUUUAAAAUAAUACAAAAAUAUUUUUAAAAAUAAAUAAAAAAAUAAAUUUAAGGCAAAAUU